CGCGGAUUAUAUUCAAACCCCACAUUUCAAAUCAUUGGUUCCAUUAAUUAUCACAUUAUUCUAUCUGUCAAAUUCAAGACUAACUCAACGAACUACGUUCUUGGCUCGUUUUUCUUCAUUUUCUCUUUCAGUCAAAUCAAAAGGCAGUAGUGAUUACUGAUUACAAUAAUUACGUCCCACCAGCAGUGGUAGCAAUUCAAGAAGAAAUUUGGGGUCUUCUUCCUUGAUCACCAGGCAGGAAAAAGCAGCAUAAAGCCUAUACGGAGUACUAUAUUAUUAUAUAAUCACAGAUACAAAGAGCUUUCUGUUUCUUUUCAUACCCAGUAGAAAAUCAUACAAAACAAAUAUAUAUGUUGAAAUAGUGUGAGUGUAUUUUAUAUACAUAAAUAGAUAAUUUUUUCCCCACCAUGUACAAAGAACCAUUAGCAGGAGACUCUCUUGAUGCCCUUGGAUCAUAUGUCGAGUAUGAUCCCACUGGCCGUUAUGCUCGUUUGGAUGAACUGUUAGGAAGAGGGGCAAUGAAAAAGGUGUACAAGGCAAUAGAUAUGGUGGUUGGGAUGGAAGUGGGUUGGAGCCAAAUCAAGCUCAAUGAUUUGCUUCAUUCACCUAAUGAUUUGCAGAGGCUUUACUCUGAGGUCCAUCUUUUGAGCACUCUCAACCAUGAUUCCAUCAUCAAGUUCUAUACUUCUUGGAUUGAUGUUCCAAACAAGACCUUCAAUUUCAUCACUGAGAUGUUCACUUCCGGUUCCCUCCGAGGCUGAUUUAACCGAUGAUUUGCAUACGCGGUUGGAUCAUAAGAUCAUCGAGAGGCAUAAAGAUGUGUCUUAUGAUGGGGUGGUGCAGAUACAGGAAGAAGUAUAAGCAAGUAGGGAUAGGAGCCAUAAAGAUAUGGGCGCGUCAAAUUCUGAGAGGCCUCAUUUUCUUGCACGGCCAUGACCCUCCGGUGAUCCACAGAGACCUCAAGUGUGACAAUAUUUUUGUCAAUGGCCAUCUAGGACAAGUCAAGAUUGGCGACCUUGGCCUUGCAGCAAUCCUUCAUGGAUCCCCCACGGCACAUAGCGUUAUAGGAACACCGGAGUUCAUGGCACCAGAGCUAUACGAGGAGAAUUACAAUGAGCUUGUGGAUGUAUACUCUUUCGGCUUGUGUAUUUUGGAGAUGCUCACAGGCGAGUAUCCAUACAGCGAGUGCGACAAUCCUGCUCAAAUUUACAAGAAAGUGACAUCGGGUAAAAAGCCAAGGGCGUUUUACAAGGUUGAAGACUUAGAAGCACAGCAAUUCAUUGCGAAGUGUUUGGAACCUGUUUCAAAGAGAUUAUCAGCUAAGGAACUGAUUCUGGACCCAUUUCUUGCCUCAGAUGAUUUUAAAGGAAUGCCAAUGACAAUAGCUGCCUGUCAAAAGCCUUUUCUGAAUGACACCAUUGGAAUGGAGGACCUAAAUUUGAACGAUGGCGUGCCAUCAACCAGCAUGACUAUCACAGGGAAGUUGAAUCCUGAAGAUGAUACCAUCAUUCUUAAGGUGCAGAUUGUUGACAAACAAGGGUCCGUUUGGGAAAAUGCUAGGGGAAGAAAAUGAAGAGGAAAAAAAAGAAAACACAAUUGUUUGCACUUUUUCACCCUUUCCAUACCAUUUUCCAUGUUCGAAACGCAGUCUUAUGAGUUGAGCUUCUCCCCUUUGGUUCUGAAAUUCUGAUGUUGUGACAUUCCAGGGGGGGUUAGAAAUGUGUAUUUUCCAUUUGACAUUUUAAGCGACACACCAACCGAAGUUGCAAACGAAAUGGUGAAGGAAUUAGAGUUUACAGAUUGGAAGCCGUCUGAAAUUGCAAAUAUGAUUGAUGGAGAGAUUACAGGCUUAGUGCCUCAGUGGAGGAAAUGGAAUCAAUUUGAGUCUGCUGAUCAUCACAAUGUGCUCAAUUACAAGGACGAUGACAACGAUUACCACCAUCCGUUCUGGUCAGUAUCAUCUAGUGCUUCAUCCCAAGGGUCAGUUUCAGGUGUGAUCAUUUCUCAAGAGAUGGAAGGGAAAAGCCACCACCUAUGGUUUAGAGAUGAAAUGUAUGACGAAACAACGUCGCAGAGCUCAUCACACUCAGGAAACUAUUCAAACCUGAAUUACCAAUCAGGAGAGGAGAGCAAUCAAAGUUUGAGCCCGAGAAGACGGAACCAGCAGCAGGAAGCCAACAACAUUGCUUCUGCUAUCGUAACUCAUCAGAGCCAAACCAGAUUUUUCCCUGGAGAAAGCUCCAACCCUCAUAGACAAUGCAAUGAGAUGGCCGAACCGAAGAAAGACAAGCGGAGGUUGACGCGGAACCGGUCGCUCGUCGACAUGCGAAGCCAGUUGCUGCACCGGUCAUUGAUGGAGGAGGUCAACAAGAGGCGAAUGUUUAAGACCGUUGGAGCGGUGGAGAAUAUCGGAUUCGAAGCACCUUGUGAGGAGGCGCCCAGAAAGCAGGGCUCUAGCCACGGCGGCAGUAAAGCCAGCCAUGGCCAUAAACCAUGGCUGAACUAGACGAAAGCCUUGGCUUGAUUUGAUAUUCGCCCGCCAGGCCAAGUGGUAAAUCGUCAUCAGAGACUGAUUAAUUAAUUAUUAAAAAGGAUGACACCCCAUCCUUGAGGAUCUCAUUACCGGCUGAACAGUUCACUGGAAGGAUGAGAUUGCUUAAUUAUUGUAUUGCAAUAUUGUCAUGUCCAAACUAUUUUGUAAAAUUUGUAUCCAAAAUCGGGAUGUGUUAUACGUAGCCAUGGGUCAUGAGUGUGAAUCAACAUAGUUCUUAGGCUCUUAGCUUUGUUAUAGUCAUAUUCUAAGCAACCCCAUAAAGGGUGUGUAAUGAAUACUUCUUCACCUUCAAGUAGUGCAUAAACAGAGUAAAAAUGUAUUGUAGGUAAAGGUCCAUUUCAGAUUUUCAGGGAGUCAAAGUUAAUAGCCCGGUUUGAUUUUGAGUUUCAAAAAAUGGUCUUUUUUCAUGAA